AUGGAUGAGAGUCCAGCCGUGACGGACUUUCUGUCUAUCUUAAGUGUCCUCUUUGGAGUACUGACGGCCUUAUUCUCAUAUACCUGGUUUUUCCUCUACUCUCUCCUCUAUCUGCUGGCGUCGCCCCUGGUUUACUUGGGCCAUGUCCUGCUCUCUAUCAUCCUAUUCCCUUUGCGAGUUCUGCUGAAGUUUGAAGCAUUCCUGACAUUCGUGACGGGCGCAAUCGUCACUGGAGCCGCAGUAGGCCUCGGCCUAUAUCUUGCAGGAGACUCUUUGUCCCAACUUCUCCGUCUACAACCAUCAAAUGAAAAACCAUAUUCAACUGAAUUGACAGAAUCCAAGGACUCAUCAUUCGAUUGGGAGUCCAAAAUGUUCAUGUCGUCGACAAUCUUGGAGGAGGAGGAGAAUAGCUAUGACAGCCAGGGCUCCAGGUAA